AUCUAAGACACCGAGAUGUCCACAGAGGGAAGAAGGCCAAGCUGGAGAAUCCGGCCCAGCAACAAGGAGGGUCAACGGAGCGGAGUGCUUGGACGAGAGAGCUUUUGCCGCCUCUGCCGCCACCAUGUGUGUACGUGUUGCCAGGCCGGUUCCCACGAGUCACAUGAGCGGCCCUUCGCGCCACCAUUGGCUCGGCUACGGGCCGACGCCUCCCUCCAGCCUCCUUGCAGAUCGCAGUCUUGUCCCUCCUUUCCGAGAAGCCGCCGCCGCCGCCGCGCCAGGAAAGAGGGCGCUGCUACGAUGGCUGCCCCCGAAGCGCCCCGGCGCAAGGAGAGGACCCUCUGCCUCUUCGACGUGGAUGGGACCCUCACGCCGCCUCGCCAGAAAAUUGACGCCGAGGUAGCAGAGUUUCUUCAAGAGCUGCGUAAAAGGGUGAUGAUCGGCGUGGUGGGAGGCUCCGACUACUCCAAGAUAGCUGAACAGCUUGGAGAAGGGGAUGAAGUCAUCGACAAGUUUGAUUACGUCUUUGCGGAAAAUGGCACCGUGCAGUACAAGAACGGGCAACUUGUCUCCAAGCAGGCUAUCCAGAACUACCUUGGGGAGGAGCUUCUGCAAGAGCUGAUCAACUUCUGUCUCAACUACAUAUCACUUCUAAAGCUGCCCAAGAAACGAGGAACUUUCAUAGAAUUCCGCAACGGCAUGUUGAACAUCUCUCCUGUUGGUCGAAGCUGCAACUUGGAGGAACGUAUCGAAUUUUCUGAGCUGGACAAGAAAGAGAGGAUCCGUGAGAAGUUUGUAGCUGCACUGAAAAGGGAGUUUGCUGGCAAAGGUCUGCGGUUUUCCCGAGGCGGCAUGAUCAGCUUUGAUGUCUUCCCAGAGGGCUGGGACAAGCGCUAUUGCCUUGACAUCCUAGAUGACGAGAGCUUCGAUACCAUACAUUUCUUUGGGAAUGAGACAUCCCCUGGUGGGAAUGAUUAUGAAAUCUACGAUGACCCCCGGACAGUUGGACACAGCAUCCAGUCUCCCCAAGACACAGUCCGGAGAUGCCGGGAGAUCUUCUUUCCAGAGAUGGUGAACGAAUCUUGACUUGUAGGCCUUCUGCUGCUCUUUUUCUCCACUGAGAGGAGACCCUCACUCGAAUCAUGAAAGCACCUUUUGGAUCCUUUCAGGGCUCUGCUGAGACACAGGGUUAGACAUGCACUUUGGGAACAGAGGUGAAGUGUCAGAGUGGGAAGAAAAUGGCGGUCCUCCAAUGGGAAAAUCACCACUCCUAGCUAAUGGGGUUUAAUAGAACUAGAAUUGCCUUGCCCUCACCCCAUCCCCCUCAACGAGGUAGAGUUUUGUCCUUGAAAGGAAACAUGUCCCUGUUCUAACUAAGGACUUUUAGGGAGAAUCUAAUCAUCACAGUCUCUCUCCCCACACAUUUGCACAAAUGAUAAUCUAUUUCUGAGAUUAAUCUCAUAGAUCUUUAUAAAUACAUAUAUAUUUUAAAGGAGCAGGGCCUGAACUUUCAGGGUUUGAGGCUUGUCCAGUAUUUUCAUAUUGUUGAACAGGCAAGGUGACCUACGUAUGGUUUUUUAAUUGGGUUUAGAUCCUUUUAAAGCUAAUAAUAUGAUAAAGGGAGGUGUGACCUUACAUUUAAGGAAUGACCGCAAUCCAGCACUAGUCAUGCUUUUUUUAAAAAAGAAGAAGCCACAAGUUGUUUGGGUAAGAACUAAUCUGCCCUCUUUCCUUUCACUACCCCUGCAACUGGACUAAAUUUGGUCCAAAUUGGUUAGGCAGUUCACAAGUUAGCCCACUUGUUCAUGCGUCCACCAUCUUGAAUUGAGGUGGAUUGCAUAAUUACAAACUAUGCCAUUGAGGUGUCCCUUUGUGACACUCACUACAACUACACCAAAUCUGGUUCAAAUCAAUUAGGUGGUGAAUAAUUUAGCCCACUUGUACCUCAAAUGUGUACCUCAGAUCUUGAAUUGGGGUGGAUGACAUCAUCACACUCUACGCCAUCGAGGUGUCCCUAUGUAUUCCUAUAACUGUACCCAAUUUGGUUCAUAUUGGUCCAGGCAUUGUGCAGUUGAUAGUGGAGGAUGGACAGUCACUCACUCUCUCUACUGGGUGAUCUCAUAAGCUUACUUUUCCUUUAAGGAAAAGCUUAUUUAUAACCAGUUGUGCAAGGAAGAAGAUGGGGGACACAUUUGAAAUUGCAUCUCAUUGAAAGCAAUGCAGUGUGGAUGCCGGCAUCCAUAUUCAAAAGUGCAUUUGAAUGCACAUCUAAUUGAAGUGGAUGGUUCAUGAUCCAGAAAGUGAUGGAUCAGGAAGCCUGUACAAAGAUUGCUGCUGCAGAAUUAGGUUGAACAAGAGUGCUAUUUUUUUUAAAAAUGGGAGUUUCACAUCAGUUGGAUGAGCUUUGAGCAGCAUUAGCAUUGUUGCAUUGUUCUAACAGAAAAGAAAUAAGGAAUGUUUGUUACAAAGACAUUUUUUCAGCAAUGUGUUAAUUCAGCACAAGAAAUAACUAGGUGUUAGUAUUAAAGAUAAUUUAGCGAUAGGACUAGAUAAAGACCUGGUUCUUCUAACCACACUGACAUGUUCAUAAGUCCAGUUCAGCUAAGUGGGAUUUAUUAAGGAGCAAACGUUUACAAGUGCAGUUUAAAAUCAUGUUUGCUUGGGCAUCCAAGGAUUGAAUUUGUUGUUGGUAAUUCAGUUUCUUUCCAGCCUUGUCCACAUAAGACUUUUCAAGUUCUGAACAACUAAAAAGGUUUAAUUUGAAAUGAAUUAAUUACUUAAUUUUAGUGGGAAAUAAGCCAAACUGUAAUGCUUGUAAUUAAUGGUCUCUCCCCCCACCCUGCCAAUAAUUUAAUCUGGUUUAAAUUACUGUCUGUGUUGACAGGAUUGAUAUGUCCAUAUAUGUUGGGUACAAUGGGCAAAAUCCAGUAGAGGCGUGCAAAACCAGUUCAAAUCUAACCUGGUUUGAUUCAAACUAGCCCAGUUUGACCAGUUCCAGCUUGAACUGGACCACCACCACCCCAAAUGGGGCCAGGUUCAAACUGGAAUGGGCCCAGUUCGACUGGUUCAGCCGUGCUUGUAAACAGGAAUCUGGCAAGGAUUCCCUUUUACAAGCAAAGGGAAUUCCCUAAGUAAAAAGGGAUUUGGUGGUGAGCAAGAGGGCACCUUAUAGGCAUUGGCUCCACCACAGUGGCCUCUCUUGGCCCCACGGGCACACCCCCCCACACACACCAUGGGCAGGUGGGUGGCCCAGUUCUGGCCUACACACACAGAGAGACUAGAACCAGGCUGCCCAUGGGGUGAGCGGGGGGAGUGCCGGCGAGGCCAAGCAGGGCCACUGCUGCCACCAGGGAGCUGCCGCUGCCACCAACAGUAAGGUGCCCGCCCAUCCCUGGAACCCCUUUUUACUCGGGGAAUCCCCUUUGCUUGUAAAGGGCAAUCCUUACCGGAAUCCCCUUUAUAAGCAAGGCACUCAAACCAGGCCAAACUGGUUCAGCCUGGUUUGACAGCAUGAACCAAAGCACCGGCUGCUUCUAACGAACUGGUUUGCAGACUGGUGGUUGAAUUCAAACCGAACCACCACUGACAGUUCAGUGUAUACCUAUAAAAUCUAGACUAAGUUUGUCUGGACUUAAGUACCAUUGGAAUUUUUUAAAAAAAAUUAAUACUGCCCAAAACACACGUUCUCUGGGAGGUUCACAAAACAAUAAAAACAACCAAUAAGAAGACUGACACAUUUCAACAAUUAAAAUUUAAAAACUUAACUAUUAAGACACAAUUAAACCAAUAUCUAAUUAAAAGCCUGGGUGAACAAAUGCAUCUUGACUGCCCUUUUAAAAGUUGUAAGAGAUGGGGAGGCUCUUAUUUCAGCAGGAAGUGUGUUCCAAAGACUCAGGGCAGCAAUGGAGAAGGCCCGUCCCUGUGUAGUCACCAGACGAGCUGGUGGCAACUGCAGACGGACCUCUUAAUUGAACUUAAAUUAGUCAUGACUAGAUUAUCUCAUUUAUUUCAGUGGUGCUUAGUUGUGACUAAGGUCCUGCUCAAUUAGCAGGGAAAAAACCCUGGGAGGCAUGAUGCACAGCCCUCUGUCUGUGCUGAAGGCGUCUAUGUGCAGCCGACUGGGUCCAGAGGAAGAGAGGGGAAGUUAUUUCCGUGUCUCUUUCUUCCCUCCCAAAGUCUUUCCUGAGGAUUACACAGCCCUCAGGAACAUAUUUAAACAACUGUAAAGGGGUUGGUGGGGGGGACACUCCAAAAUCACUCCCUGUUCCCUCUGCACAUCUGAAAGAAGCCUUCAGCACAGGGACACUGAAGGAUCCUCAGUCCUCCUGAGGGCUGUGCAUCAUGUCUCCCACUGUUUAAAAAAAUCCUCUUCCCUAAAUAUGCAUAUAAAUUUUCUUUUCCAAUUAAACAGAGUUGCCCAUCUCUACCACAGGAAGUUGUCCUUAAAGAGAAACAGUGACAAGAGUGAUGGCUCAUCCUUGUCCAUGGAAGAUCACAUACAUUCCAUUUACACUCCCACACAAAUCCAGGGAGCAGUAGGAUGCUUAGCUUGUUGUUGUUUUUUUUUUUUUAGUUCCUAGCCCUCAUGGUUUCAGAGACACAGUGUUGAAAACAUGGUAGCAAAGCCUUCUAAAUAAUCAAAAAUGUUGUAUGUUGAGGCUUCGGUCCCUUCGUUCCUCUCUGUCACACUGUAUUCAUGACUUCCUCUUCUCUAGGGCAAUUCAUGCAUUACAUUGUAUGUGUACAGUGUACACAGAUUGAGUCACAUGUAUUCAUGUACAACAGGUGAAUAGUCUUCCUCUGUAUCUUAUUACUGCCCUCUUCUCCCAUCAUUCUCUGCACCAACCCUUGCCAAAAAAAAACAAAAACCAACCCACCCCGCAAACCUAUUUCUUAGAAUAAGUUGAUUUAAAAGUAUAACUUGUAUUGGUGUACAGAAUUUGGCAUAGAAUAUGCACACGUACCUUCUCAUAUGAAGUAGUAAUACUCAGCACUGUUCCCAUCUGUUUGGUGCUAUUAUUACAGCCAUUGUGUGAGAGCACCUUUAGAGUCUUUGUUGUUUUAUCUGCCCUCUUUACAACUCACCUGCAAGUUAGGAAAUGAAACUGCGCAGAACUUCAAACUAAAACCUACGUGGUGUUCAAUCAGCAUUAUUUCUUAUUUCAUAAUUAGCGAGCAAGAACUUGCUCCUUGUAUACUGAUCCCUACUCCAGCACACAAAGCUGACAGCGUUAACAACCUACCCAACAUCACAGAAAAUGGCUGGAGGCACCAGGAAUUAAAACUUAUUAUUUCAUGAGUAGGGGACCUACUGUAUGUUUUACUAUGAAGCAGUUGCAGAGGCUAAUUUUAUCAUAAACACACACUGCAGGGUAUAGGGACCAAUCUUAGUUUGUGAUGAAAACAGCACAUCUUAGCAAGCUCAGAGGCUCACCCCCUCCAUGCAAGUGUGCACACACAAGUCACUAAUUGUUAACUUAGGAAGCAGCCCUUACCCUCAUGCACUCGAACUCCCACCAUCCUUGGCCCUAAUGAAUUCUUAGACCAUUCUGUGUUCACUGUCUUCUUCAAGUUUGCAGUUCAUCGUUUGAGUCUCCAGUUCCUGCUUGAAUUUAAUUUUGAGGUCUGCACUUUCAGAUUUGCACUUAUGCAGAGGACCAAUAGUUUUCUUGGUGCCAACAGACCCCACCCAUUCUGAAUUUGACCAGGAUGGGGGAAGAAUAGGCAGAAUAUUUUAAUAGGUACAGGAAUCCUGUAAUCCUUCCUGAGAAAUGAAAAGCCACUGUUAAUCUAACAAGAGUGUCCAGCAUUCUACAUUCCUGGCUAAGCUAUCUCUUCAUUCAUUUUCUCAUGGGGCAAUAGCUGUUUUACACUCCACAGAUCUUAACAGCAGUUUUACACUCCAUAACUGUACUCCCAUAUUAUAUAUCCAUCAAAGGGUCAUUCAUAUGUGGAACCAGGGGGAAGUUAUUUCCACCCGCAAAGUACCAGCUCUUGGGGCCUAGUGUAUUCUGGAUCCCUGUUAGCAACACUCUGAUAGCUGUACUAAAAUUUCAGGGAGAAGAGUGACAUCUGUAGCAGUGAGGAUCCUUCUAUGAAAUGGAAAUGGGCAGGGACAGGCCAUAACUCAAUGGUAGAGCAUCUGCUUUGCAUGCAGAAAGUCCCAGGUUCAAUUCCUGACAUCUCCAGGAAACCCUUGAGAGCCAUUGAACUAUGAUCUAGAUGGGCCAAGGGUCUUCGUAUAAGGCAUCUCCAUAGAGCUGCUCCCCACCCCCAAGUCCAUGCUAGGGUGCCAAGCCCUCCAAUGAGCGCUUCUGUAUUAUGCAGUUCAGAUUAUCAGAUCACUCCAGAGGGCGAACACUUCCUGCUACUGUCAUCUAAAUGUAGUAUUGUUGUGUGCGUGAAAUAGAAAAUGCUCACCAGUGAAUAUUGCCUAGCACUAAUACUUGUUACCUUCUGGAUGAUUUAGGUGCUAUACUGGGAAAAUGGAACAGAUGUAUCAAGAAAGGGAUUCUUGAUAAUGAUGUAUCCACAACGUGUAUAUUUAUGUCUUUGUAACGCUGCUGUGUUGCUUCUGCCUUGAAGAGGUGGGUUCCUGCCACUGAGCUUUUCCCCUUUUAGUCACCCACCUUUUCGCCUGCAGAGGAUGUUUGAGUGACCUACAGGUGGCUGGAUUUCUAGGGUGGACCAAUGCAAAAAGGCAUCAUCUCACAGCUGUUGCUAAUUAAAUUAAUAUAUUCUAA